UUCCUUCGUCUUGCCAAUCGUACAAUGCCGCCGGACUUAUCGCAGUAUCGCAUUAAACUUAUAGCACUAGAGUAUGGGGUUCGGUCAGGGCCAAUAUCGGGGUAUCGCUAAGGGCUAAUAUUGGGGUGUUGGUUUCGGUUAAUGUGUAGACUGUCAAAAUAUAACUUUUUUUCCGCAGUCCAACUAAGAAAUCGCCCAAACAAAGCUAAAUCAAUUUGACAACAACUGCGGCCAAACGGUAAAUUAAAUACAGAUGGAAGUGAAUGCAUUUGAGGUCCUCGCUAGCGUCCCCGACGAUCCAGACACGGGAAGGUUUCUCGGUCAAUCGAGGUAUCUGAAGCUGGAGAUACCACCCAACGCGGAGGGUUGUCGCCGGUUCCUGCACGGCGUGGCCAUCAAGGAGACACUAACCGGCGAUGUGGUGAUGGAGGACUGUGUCGAGAUGACCACCAGCACUGUGCUCCGCUACUGUGGCAUCGUUAAGGUGUCUCGGGCAUGCAUUCUCAAAUUUAUAUACCCCAAAGAUUUCUUUGUAUCAAAAUACAACACCACUGAACACGAGAAAUAAUUCCUCAUGCUUGGCUCCCCAAUGAC